AUGGAUAUAAAAGAUAGAAGACACCGUUCUCUGACAAGGGGCAGGUGUGGAAAGGAAUGUCGCUAUACAAGUUCUUCACUGGACAGUGAAGACUGCAGAGUACCGACUCAGAAGUCUUACAGCUCAAGUGAGACACUGAAGGCGUAUGAUCAUGACACCAGGAUGCACUAUGGAAAUCGAGUUUCUGACCUGGUUCACAGGGAGUCAGAUGAGUUUCCAAGACAAGGAACAAACUUCACCCUGGCAGAACUAGGAAUCUGUGAGCCUUCUCCCCAUCGAAGUGGCUACUGCUCAGACAUAGGAAUACUCCAUCAAGGCUAUUCCUUGAGCACCGGCUCUGAUGCUGACUCAGACACGGAGGGAGGAAUGUCUCCGGAGCAUGCCAUCAGGCUGUGGGGAAGAGGGAUCAAAUCCAGGCGAAGUUCCGGUCUGUCAAGUCGUGAAAACUCAGCGCUCACGCUUACCGACUCCGACAAUGAAAAUAAGUCAGAUGAGGAAAAUGAAGGGAGGUACCAGCACAGCCCGUACCGGUUAGUCUGUGGGACCAUCCCUUCCCACCUGCGACUGCUGAGCUCGGUGCGAACAGCCUGCUGCGUGGAACCUGAAGGUCACCUGAAGUAUGUUUAUUUGCCAGUUAGCCGGUUUGAAAGUCAAAACAAGGUUCUACUAGAUCGCUAUUCGUUAACAACAAACCCUUCAUAUAACGCGUUUCUGUCCGUAGUGCAGACCGAAGGGAACUGUUACGGCUGCCUGGCGCUGGCCCGCUGCGCGGUGGCAACCAGGGCCAUGGAGGGCAGUGCCACGGGGACCACUCACCAUUUGAGGGGACGUGAGUUAGGAGUCAAGCUCUGGUUCAAAAGCUGCUUUGAUUACUACUUUGAUUGA